AUGUCGUCCUCCAGCCAUCAGGCGAUGCCUCGCCAUCGCACCGCACCCAAGGGCUCCGCCGGGCACUCCUCGAGACAAGGGAAAGUCGCUGCCGAGUCGAUAGACUUCACGUCCCCGACUACUACACUCGUGAGAUAUUUCGAGCCCACGGCGGCCACAGCCGCAAUGCUGCUAUAUGGACAGGGCAGCUCCGUAGUCGUCGCACACCAUGACACCUUAACGAUCGAAAGGCGGUUCUCACGCCAUUCUGCAGAGGUACAGUUGUUAGCCGUAGAUACGCAGAGCGAGAUUGGGGCCGGCCGGCUGGUCGUCAGCUACGACCUGGACAUGACCGCGAUCGUUUGGGACCUAAUGACAGGCGAUGAAGUCGCCCGGUUUGCUUCGUACGAGACUCUGACGUGCGCCGCCUGGAUGCGUAACGGAAACGUCGCAUUCGGGAACACGCAAGGAAAUAUCAUCCUCUUUGAGCCUACCACCUCCGAGCAUAUCUCGGCCCGGACAAUUGACCAGAUACCGGUAACUGCUCUAGCCCCGGCGUCCGACUGCAGAACAUUUGCCAUUGGGUAUCAAAACGGCUCUCUCUUGAUAGCCACUCUUCAGCCUAGGUUCACUAUCCUGCACAAUCUGAGCACCUCGAGAGCCCCGUCGCCGAUCGUGAACUUGGCUUGGCACGCGUCAUCUUCUCGCCAGAAGUCGGACAUGUUGGCUGUGCAGACCAACGAUGGUGACCUGAGAGUGUGGAGCGUGGCUAAGUCGUUCAGCAGCCAGGAUCCCGCCAAGGUGGUCAGGAUACUGAAGCGUACGGAGAAUUACCAGAACGGUCCCAACUGGAUGGGCUGGUCGAAGAAUGGCCGCAUAAUCCAGUAUUCCGAAGGGGAGACCCUCUCGUGGGAUGUUCGAACAAAACAUGUCACCCACGACAGCAUCCCGACUCUGGAACACGUCCGCGGCCUCGCCGUGUACGGUCCCGCGGCGACCUUGUUCACUCUAGGUGCCAAUAACACCGUGCAGCAGUUCGAUCUGAACACGCCGUCUCAGAUUGUCGCUAACGUCCAGCACCCCGCAAAUCUCUUGCCGCCGUCCCCGCCGGUCUCCAUCGAGGAGCAGCCCGAGCAAGGGGUUGUUAUCAUUGGUACUUCCGAGUCGGACUCGUCUAUCCCCCUCAAUGCCGAGAUUUCCGAAAGCGAUGACGAGCACCUUUCGCCCAUCGCGAGGAUGGCGCAGAGGACCGGCCCUCCCUCGGAAGCUUACGAUGACCAGGACAGGUACAUGUUGGCGAGCCCGACAUCCUCCAGAAGCCACGCCUCGACUCUCUCCAAGUCGUCUACCGGCUCCGGCACUAGAGGCCGAUAUCAGCCCUCCGUUAUAUCUCGUGGCAUGACCGAGAAUACUUACAUCUCCGCAGGGUCUUCUCUUAGGUCCUCAGCAAUGCCGCCGUACGGUGACAAGGACGCUUACUCCAUUAGCAGCAUGAGUUCGGCUUCUAUAACUUCGUCAUCGCGCUCCCAUCAUCACCGGCCUUCUCGAUUGAGAAAUGAGGUUUUGCCUAGCCCCGAGGAAUCCAAGGUUAACGACCUCUUCAAGUUCACGAGGAGCCGUCUCCACGACAUUCCAUACAAGCAUGCUCAUUUAGCUGACCAAACUCUGUUGACCAAUGAUGACCUUCGUCGACAGAUGCUGAGCAUUAUCUUCGGCUGGAAUAGGGAGAUUGAGGACCUCGUUCGGGACGAGAUAUCACGGCAUCCUCUCGGCUCGCCGAGCCGCAUUCUCCUCUCCAAGUGGCUCGGUGACAUCGAUGCGGACUUUAUGACGGCGACAUCCGAGAACAUGACGUCGUCGGAUUGGAUGCUGCUUGCCCUAAGCGGAAUUGGCGGCCAGGCCUCCCAGCACAAACUUGGGCGCGCGUACGUACAGCGCCUUUUGGAGAACGGAGAUGUGCAUGCUGCGGCGACGAUCAUGAUAGGGAUGGGGGACCAGAACGACGCGAUUGAGAUAUACGUCUCUCAUAAGAAGUACAUGGAGGCUGUGAUCUUGCUCUGCCUAUUCUUCCCGCAUGUUUGGGAACGCCAGGCCCAAGUUAUCAAGAAAUGGGGAGAGUUCGCCGUUCAGCACGGCCAGCAACAACUGGCGAUCCGUUGCUUCGCUUGCACCGGUGUUGAAUCCAGCGAGCCCUGGACCUCGCCGUCUGCAGCUCAAGUAACCUUCCAGAGCCUCAACUCGAGCAUCCCAGAGAUUCUCAGCCCACCGUUGUCUCCUCCGGGCCUGAAUCGCGGGCCACAACGCAGCAUCGCAAAGACCUCCGCGCUGAAGCUUAUCACGUCGUUCGGCGAACAAGGCAAGAAGUCGAAGUUCUUUGCAGCCGGUGGCGCUGAUGGGGGUCAGACUCCCAUUGCAGCAGGUGUCACGCCAAUUGCCGAGUCUGCUAUUUCGCCUGGCGUUCAGGAUCCUAGCACCGCAUUCCUUCGCCCGUCACAGCGAAGUGCCUUCAACACGCCGGCCUCUGCGAAACCCACUACGCCCGGUGGCUUCGGACGGCAACGCCUCCCUUCGAUCGGAGAGAUCCCAGCUAACGCCCUCUCUCGUAACCUGGUGAAGAGAGAUCUGCCAGUGCCUCCGAGUGACCCUAACCCUGAGGCGGGCCAAACCCCCAACCGUGUGCAGCAUGCUCACAAGCCCUCCACCGAAGAGCAGUUCAAUGCUGGUAUAUCCGUCCCCAGGUCCGCCACGGCGAGCCCGAGGAUGGUGAACGAGAGUCGUCGUCAAAAGGAUCCGCCUCCUCCUUCGCCGUCGCCUGCAUCGCUCCACGCUCUUAUGCAGCAAGGCCGCUCGAGCCGGAACGGGGCCCGAGAGCGAAAGCCCGAGGGGAUGCAGCUGAAGAUCCAGUCCCUCGAGACCGCGAUGAAUAGCGACGUGACGUCCCCAGAGCAGUCGGUGGCAUCUUCCACUCGCUUCCAUUGGCCGACCCGUCGCCGCGGGCCCGGGUCAAUUGCCAGCUCCGUCACGUCAAGCUCCAGCGUAGGACGGGGUUACCGUGCCCAAGGGGGCCAGGGUGCCCGCGGUUUGAACGAGUACAUACACAGCCUGGACACCGCACAGCAUUACUCGCGGAAGCAGCGCAGCCGUGAAGGUAGCCGCCACCGCCAGGAGACCCGGAGCCGCGAGAGCAGCCGUAAUCGUGUGGGCGGUACGCGAGAGAGCUCAGAGGACCGAGGCAGGGGUGUUUCUCGAAAUUGGACUCCCAAACCUGCCAAGCGGUCCCCUACUUCGCCGGUCCCCAUGUCACCCGAAGACCUUAUCAACCUGGGCACUCCCAUGCACAUUGAUACUAGUCUGAUGGACGAAGCGAUGACGCCGAUGGUGUCCGACCUCCCAGAGCCAUUGUCCACUGUGCGAAAGUCGAGCCAGAUCCGGCAUAUGUCGCCGGGAAGCGCUCGCAUCACCAGCCGUGCUUCGAGCCGUGCCGGUCGCCAGAGAAGUCAGGAGCGGAGGCCCCCGGCGCUCGAAUUACGUGGUAGAAGCCAGAGCCGUGGUGACGGGGCUAUUGUGAGAUCGCCCUCAUCGCCGCUGCCCAUGUCGGCUCCCAUGAACUUCUACGGUUCGGACGACGAGGAGGACUAUAAGGCUGCCGUCGCCGCGAAGGAGUCGUUUAGGAAUAGGCACAACCGCAGUGGAAACCUCAGCGCGAAGGACCCGGCGUCGCCCGCCGUCUCUCGGGCUCGGGAUCGGUCAGAGAGCCGCCGCAGGAAGAACAAGACUCCUGCCGACCAGGAGGUUGCUCCCGUGGCGGCGCCGGUUGUGGUGCCGGCCGUCCAGCUAGCGCCCAAGCCACCCCAGCAGCAGACGAGCGCCCCGCAAGCCGGAGAUCUCAAGCUAAUCUCUGCCGAAAGACAGUUGAAGAAAGAAGCGGCGGCCCGUGAACUAGAGGAGCGUCGCAAAUCUCUCGCGCGCCGCCCCUCCGCACCGCCGAUCCCUCACCCAGAUGAGUUGUCCCCUAUCGUGUCUCGCCCACCGAGCGCGUUUGAAUUCCCUCACACAAUGAUGAUGGCUCCGAGGGACAUGCCGGCCAGAAGUCAUACCGCCGACCCCCAUAGGAGCCCUCACGCGCACGCGCGCGGCGGGACCGCCCCGAUGGUCGGUCUCCCGGCCACGCCUAAGGCGAUGCGCCUCCAAUUCGAGACUACCAAGCACGCGGUGCCACCAAUCCCCGCAUCUUACAAGGCGUCGCCGACGUCUUCGGGACAACCAUCGCCCGACCGGCCCCCUAGUAACUCGCCGACGAAGUCUCCCUCCAAGUCUCCGGCCGAGUCGCCGACCAAGGUGCCGGAGAAGGAAUCGGCGCCGCUCCUUACCCUCCUCCCGUCGACCGUCUACUCGCCUCCGUCGCGGCCGAACAUCCCGAGAUGCAUGUCGGCGCCGAUCCCCGAGGAGAACCCAGCCCGCGCUACCCCGCACCAGCAGGGCAUGCAGGCGAGCAACCAACCGGUGCGCAGGGGCUCCGUCUCGGCGCGAAAGAUGAGCGUCGAUACGAACGCUGGCAUGCCCGUGAUCAAUGAGGCGCUCAGCCACGUUGAGCGGCACGCGCGACGUCCCUCGCGCGACGACCAGAUCCCUCCGCCGCCACCGCCACCGCCACCGAUGCUCAAGGAACUGCAGCAUCUGGCAGUACCACCUCCGCCGCCGCCGGCGCCGAUCCCGGGUUCGCGUCCCGGUGUGUUUCAGGCGGCCGGGUCCGGGACGAUCGAGAUCGUGAUGGACGAGGAAGAGCAGCCGCAGAGCAACGCCGCCCCCGCGGCUGCCCCCGAGGCUCUAGCCGCAGUUGCGGCGGCGGCGCAGCAGGCGCAGCCCUCGAGCCCGCCCGUCUCGUCGCCGUCGCGCGGACACCACCGCGGGCGCAGCAUCACGGACAACAGCAUUGCGGGGCGCAUCAGCCGCGCGACGGAGCGGAUGCGGUCGGCGAGCCGGCCCCGCGCCAACUCGAUCCUAGGCAGCCGCACCAAGUCGCCCGAGGCGGUCACGGUGCCGUACGAGAGCGUGCCGCCUCCGGCCCCCUACGUCAGCAACGGCAGCGGGGGGUUCGUCUCGCCGACGAGCCAGCAGGCACAGCUGGUGGAGCGCCACCCCCGCGAGGUCCGCGCCGCGUACCGGGAGCGGGAGCAGUUCGGCAGCGGGCUGCACGUCAGCGAGAUGAUCUAA